AAAAAGGAGGGGGGAAACCGGAAGCUUCACGAUAAUAACUACAAACAUCUCUACAGAUCAGUUUCAUUUUUACACACUUUGCUUGAUACGUCCUUCUGACUGGCUUUGUUUAUCUGAGGCUUGCCAAGAUGUCCAACCAAACUACAGAUUAUGACUACAAUUUGCCGUCUGAGCUAAAAAACUGGCAUGAGAAGCAUGAGUACCUGAAUACAAUCAGAAUACUAUACUUCACUGGAUUUCUGAUCAUCUGCACCCUUGGCCUGGUUCUCAACCUCUUUGUCAUUAUUGCAUGCAGCUGGAACCACCUCAAGUCUGACACUGCCAAAUGGGUGCUGGCAUUAGCUGUGACCCACUUGAUCUUCUCAGCGUUUCUGCCAUUGCAGAUCCUUUACAGUUGGUACCACUUCAACUGGCACUAUGGAGCAAUUUUGUGCAAAGUCUCCUCCUAUGUAUUUUAUGCCAGCUUGUUCUCCACAGCUGGUAUACUCUCUUUUUGGACUGUCAAAGGCACCAUUGAGAGGUUCAAAUGCAAACGAAAGUGCUGCCUUACAUUUAAGCAUUCGACAGUAGUCCUGAUCCUGAUUCUAUGCUCCUGGACACUUGCAGCGAUUCUAAGCAUCCCAUCUUUAUACUCCCGAGAGCUUCGAUACUCAGACCUGGGGGAGCAGUGCAUCGAUGACUAUGAUCUCAAUGAUGAUUCAAUGACAGAAUACGGCAAAAGAAACCAAGAAAUGGUCACUUCUUAUAGGUUUGUACUUGGGAUUUUAAUCCCGGCUUUUUUGAUCGCAAUUUGUCCAUGUUGUCAGCGUCAAAGCAUGGAAAGAAAAUGUAAGCAAAUCACAUGUUUGAUAAAAAUGGCUCACAUUGUCUGCUGGACUCCCCUUCUAUUAAUGGUGCUUCUACAGGCAUUUUCAACCUUUGGUUACCCAUAUGGAUUACCUGUAGCUACUGUGCUGGCUACAGCUCACUGCUGUAUUAACCCAAUGAUCUAUCUUUUGGUGAGUCAUGACAUUAAAAUGAAGUGGAUGAAACAACAAGAAAUGGACUGAUCAACCAAAAUUUAUAAUAAAAGAUUUAAAGAUUAACAGCACCCUAUCGUAACUGUUUUUGGAAACAUUCCAUAUUCAUUUUAUCUAUAUCCAUAUUACAUAUUAAGAUAUAAUGUAUAUUUUGUUUGUUCUAUCAGUAGCAUCACAAAAGAAAACAUACCCUCAUUUAUAAUGUGGUAUGUUUUGACUAAUUCGUUAUUUGAUCACGAAAGGUGACCGGACUAUAGCUUUAGCCUUUUGAUGUUAAACAUCUCAGACUGACUCGAAACCAAAUGUAACCAUGUAUCAGUUUGCACUUUUAUAUCAUGUUGCACUUGUAACUGAUGUACUAUAUACAGUGCCUACCAAAAGUGUGAAAACAUCGUCUUUUUAAGACCCAUGACCAUAACAAAAAAAAAAGUACAACUUUACAAAACAGCUUUACACACUCUUGGCAUCCGGACAGUUCAUUUCUCCAGAUUUUCAGCUGAAUGAAUGCUUUGCCUUGCCUCUAGGUGGAGUUUUCUUUCUGACUUUGCGAUCCAGUUCAUCCCAAAGCAGUUAAAUAGGAUUUAGGUGCGGGGACUAAGCAGACCAUUUCAUGAUGGACAGCACUCCAGCUGACUGUUUAGAGAGUUUGGACGUACACUUUAGAUCAUUGUCUUGUUGUAUGGGGAAGAAGGUUCCAAUUAGCUGCGAUACAGAUGAAAUUGCAUAGUGUUGAAAUAUGGAAUUGGAGCCAUGUUGGUUUAGGAGUCCUUUUACCCCGAAUAAGUCUCCUUUCCUGCUCCAAAACAACAAAACUAUUACACUUCCACCUCCAUGUUUGACUGGGGGGUGAGACAGUCUGAGCACAUGUUCUCUCCUGUUUUUCCAUCUCACAGCCAACAGUCAUUUACUGUCCAAGAUGUUUUCACACAUUUGACAGGAACUAUUAAAACGCAUUUAUUAUUGUUUAUAAAUGUUCUAUGGUUCAUGAAUGAAAUAAAUGAUCUAACAUACA